AUGGCCAAACUACACAAUUUCGAUGAUGUGAAACACAAAAGACUCGCACCGGAAAGAUACAAUUCGAAUAGUUAUCGUAUAUUCGGAGCACAAGAUUCCGAAGAAGCUACUCCGCCAUCUCGACAGAAUCAAACUCGUGCACCAGCACCGUUUUAUACCGAAUCCGACGCAAAUGCAUUGCAACGACAAGGAUUCGAAUCACGUCAUGAUCCUUAUGCUGCGCGGCCAGUUAAUAGUAAUCAAACGGCUGCAAUACGAACAAAUUUCGGUCCAAAUGGCCCAAUGAGAGCUGCUCAUGGAGAACGUGAUGAAUCUCGGUGGUGGGAUUGGACUCAUAGCAAAUCAAACUCGUCUGAUUUAGUAUUGAAACAACAAGAUGAACGCACUAGAGGACAAAAUGGUUCAUAUCAGAAUGUUUUCAACUUUGGAGUAGAAGAGCAAUCACAAUACUCUCGACAGAAUAGUCGUUAUUCUGCUAAUCCGAAACAUACGCGUACGGUAGGAAUUGUGCCAAUCACUACUCUAAAAUCGGAUGACAUCGAAUCAGUUGAUCCGCAAAAUGUAGAACGAGCUCCAUAUCAACAACAUUAUGUUAGUCAAACUAAAUUAGAUUAUGCAAAACGAGAACAACAAUAUAAUGCGCCUGUCAGUGAACCACCAAAACCAAUGGAGCGUAGUCGAACGAUGCCAUCUGCGAAAGUUGAACGUGCGGGUAGUAUGUGGGAUCUAUUUCAUCCUCAUAGUGAUGCUGAUGACCAAAUGUCAGUGAAUCCUCGAAAAUAUCAACGACCAUUGCCAGCAAUAAAACGAAACGAGAGUUACAACAAUAUUUGGUCUGAUCCCGCAGCAUACGCAUAUAACUAUCGUCCUAAUCGUGAUUAUAAUCAAGCAGCAAUGGUCGAUCAAAUGAAUAUCGAAUAA